AUAAGAUUUAUUAAUUUUAUAAUAAAACAUUAGUUUUAAUAAUAUACAUCGUAUAAGAAAAUUUUUCUCAUCAGUCAUCAACAUGCCGCGCAGGGCUAUUGCGAAACCUACCAGACACAAUAUCCCUUCAGACGAAUCGGUAUUUCGCGGUUUUCAGAAACUUCCAAAAGUAUUAAUAAAUCGUCCAAAUUUGAGUCAUUUGUUGAAAAACAUAAGAGUGAAAUAUGACAAAAACGGAAGUUUAAUACCUUAUUCGGCGGACGCGGGUCAGGAACGUAUUUUAAGAAAAAUUAUAGUAAACUGUACUGUAAAUUUAGUUAAAAUAGAUUCGAAAAAUGUUAAAAGUGUGUCAAAAAAAGGUGAACCUCAAAACAAUGCCAAUGAAUUAUUAGUAGUUGAUAAUGAUAAGAAAAAACGGGGUAAAUCAAGUCAAAACAAGAAACCCGAAAACCCUUCUACUCCAAAACAAACUAGUAAUACAAGAAGAUAUACGAAAAAACUAAAAAAAUGCGAGAAAUGCAAUAAGACAUUCAAAAAUUUAAAUAAUCAUUACAGAUUAUCACAUACAAUAACAACAUAUGAAUGUGUACAUUGUUCAAAAAAAUAUAAAAGAGAACCAUACUACAAAAAACAUAUAGAAUUACAUUGCAAAAUAUGUUAUGUACUACAUCAAAAUGAAAAACAAUUAAUGGAACAUACAUUGAUAUGUAGAAAUAUUGAACAAGUUGAAAAUCAAACUGUUAUAGAUAAAAAAUAUAUAUGCAACAUCUGUACAGAUCAGUUUGAUUCAAACUGUGCAAUAGCCUAUCAUAAAGCUGCGGUACAUUCAGAUAAUCCACCAUCUAUCAAUGAGUUGUAUUAUUUAAGAAACCUCGGUUCUAUAAAUAUAUAUGUUUGCUAUUUCUGUAAAGAAAGUUCAGUUGAUAAAGAGUAUUUAGAAUCACAUGUAAGUGUUCUACAGAAUAUGAGUAAAAAAAUAAUUAAACAUCCAUGCGAUCAAUGUAGAGAAAGUUUUGAUUCUGAGGACAAUUUAUUACAACACAUAAUGACACAUGCAACCCCUGAUACUAAUUUAGAGGUAGUACAAAAUGAAAUUGAUGCAUCUACAACAGAUUGUAAUACACAAGUAAAUAACAUAACAGAUAAUGAAAACCCAAAUAACGAAACAAAUGAGGUUAUAAAUAUAGAAAAUUCGAAUACAACUAAUUUGAUAUCAAAUGAUACUAUAAAUAAUGUAGAUACAGAUAAUAUUGAAACAGCAACUGAUGUGGAUCCAGUAAUUAAUGAUGUACCAUCUCAAGUAGUACCAGAUUUAUUAGAGAAUUUGAAACGUGAAGUACAAAUACCUACAGUACAGACUAAAAAUAGAAAUGAAUGUUCAAAUACUGGCCAUUUGAAUGGACUAAUACAUACAUCACCAAAAAAAAGAAAUAUCUAUACAAAUACUAAAAAUAUGAGAUAUCACUGCAAGAUGUGUGAGAAAUAUUUCACGACAAACUGUGCGUUGGAAAAACAUCAUUGUCCAGAAAUAGAACGCGUGAGGACGAAACUAGAGAAAGAAUGUAGUAGUGAGAAUUGGAACCAGAAUGUCGAAUGUAUGGAUAUAGAUUAUCCAAUGUCUAAGCCCCUUACGGUACAUCGAUCUCCUGUAACAAGAAACGUGAAAAGCUUACAAGAAGAUUUAGUUUUUAAUAUUGUUGUCCGUGAGGUGCCAAUUGAAUUUUAUUCUACUUGAAAGAAUGGUCAGAAGAGUCAUGAGUGGCAAAUAAAAUUGCUGAUUGUUUUUACGGUUCUUAAGUGAACUGAUUUGAAGCUUCAAUUUGUACCUGCAUAAAGUUAAUACAUUGGAGUCAUCAGGCAACUCCCGGCUUACAUACUUAUGGUACGGGUCAUUUUAACUGUUAAUGGUUCAAGUUUAUGUGAGUUGAACUUUAGAACAAGUUCAGAGUUGAUUCAUACUCAUUUUGAAUUUCC